CGCACCCGCCGCCCGCUUCGUCUCUCCCGGCGACGCGUGCGCUCCCAAGCUCCCCAGCCGGCCGCCCCGCCCCGCCCGCUCCUGCUUUCCUCUUGUCCGCGCUUCUCCCUCCCACAGCCACCGCCGCUCGAGCUGCCACGCCGGCCGCAGCGGCUACAUCCCUCUCCUCUGCUCCGGCCGCCGUCGAGGGUGCCCCCGCGGUGCUCCAGUCGCCGCCCGUGAUCCGCAGCAGGCCACGCGCAGUCGAAACCCAUCGGAAUCCCCGGGCCGCCAUGCUUCGCCUCCGAAGCCGCAUCGUGACCCGCCUCCUCUCGUUUCCAUCCGCCCCUCUCCGCGGCCUCCUCUCCGCGGCGGCGACCGCUGUUUCCCCGACCACCGGAUUCGCCGUGGAGGAGUACCUUGUCGCCACCUGCGGCCUCACCCGAGCGCAGGCCCUCAAGGCUUGCCCGAAGAUCUCCCACCUCAAGUCCCCCUCUAAUCCCGACGCCGUCCUCGCCUUCCUCGCCGGCCUCGGCCUCUCCAGAGCCGCCGUCGCCGCCGCCGUCGCCAAGGACCCCAGGUUACUCUGCGCCGGCGUGGAGAGAACUCUGGCCCCCAACUUCGCUGCGCUCAGCGGCAUCGGGUUGUCGCGCUCUGAGAUCGUGCGCCUCCUCCGCUUGCGCUGCAGAUCUGUCGUCUCCAAGCUGCAGUACUACCUGACCCUCUUCGGCUCCUCCGAGGCCUUCCUCCAGGCGUUGAAGUUCAACUGCAACCUCCUCACACACAGCAUCGAGAGUGUGGUCGAGCCCAACGUAGCGUUGCUGCGGGAGUGCGGGCUAGGUGAUCGCGAUAUUGCCAAGUUAUGCGUUGGUAUGCCAUGGCUGCUGACUGCCAACCCAAAAUGCAUCCGACAAAUGGCUGCUCGUGCCGACGGUCUUGGCGUGUCCCGGGAAUCUCCGAUGUUCAGGCACGCGAUGCAUGCUGUUGCAUUCCACAGCGAGGAGAAGGUAGCUGCCAAAGUGAAGUACCUGAAAAAGGUGCUCAGGUGGUCGGAUGAUGAGGUGGGCAUUGCUUUGUCCAAGUCUCCAAUGAUGUUGAGGAGUUCUGAGGGCAUGGUGCAGCGCAUGUCAGAGUUCCUCAUCUCUGAGAUCGGGUUGGAACCAGCAUACAUUGCUCAUCGGCCGGCAAUGCUUGCUUACAGCCUGGAGCGCCGGGUCAGACCCAGGUACUACGUUGUUAAGUAUCUUAAGGAAAAUGGAUUGAUAGAUCGCGACCGGGACUACUAUUCCGCACUCACGCCAUCUGAGAUGGUAUUCUUGGAGAAGUACGUAUGCCCUCACAAGGAAGCUGCGCCGUACCUUGCUGAAGACUAUGCUGACGCUUGCAGAGGACAAGUGCCUGAUAGAUUCAGAUUUGCGUGAACCAAGAGCUGCUGUUGUUGUCUCGCAAGAUCUUUCUCCUAUACUCCAUCCGUCCCAAAAUAAGUGUCCUGGUUUUAGUUCAAAAGUUCCAUUUUUAAACUAAAACCAUGACACUUACUUUGGGACGGAGGGAGUAUUAGCAUUCUCUUAAUCUUUGAUUUUUUUUUCUUUUUUUUGAAUCUGUGGGCAUGCACCUGCAAUUCCUCAUGACAAGUGAUGAUCCCUUUGAGUAGGUUUGCCGUUUGUCUACAAAAAGUGUUCCUUUCUCCUAAUCAGCAUGCCAGCUCAUACGCCAUACCGAACCCGUCUAUGUUGUACCACUUCGUAACAAUGAGCUAUAUGCUGGCUACCUUUUGACCUUGUGUUGGCAUACCAAAGUAUACAAUUAUUACUCAUGGACGGGCCGGGUACUGGUGGUAUAUGGAACUUGAUGUCAGGUUAGAUAUAAGUGUUGCAAUACCUUCCAUCAAUGAUGGCGUUCCCUGUCUCCAAGUCCGAUCAGGGAAGCACCGCGCGAGUCGAAUAGCUAGGAAACCUACCGAGGAGGUUAAUUAAUUACCUUACCGGAAACCCUGUCCGUCCAUUUGUGUGGAUCACAAACUUAUCAAUCUGGAAAAUUUGGCUGAAAA